CUUGACACUUCUCGUGGAGCAGAACCGUCACAGUGAGGGUCUGGAGCGCGAAAGUAUGUGGACACCGGCGAUGGUAGCCCAGGCAGUAGGAGGUGGACCCGGGACUGUCCUUCCUGCGCUGCAUCUCCAUCUGCAUCUCCAUCUCGAUCGUUGUGUAUUGUAGACUCCAAAUAUAUUCUUCACUGAAAAGCUUGUAUUUUUGGGCUACCUAAUCAUAUGCAUCGACAACGGAAUUUCCUCCUUGAUUCGCUGUCAGAGUAAACGAUUCCCGAGGAGACGUCCUGGGCUGUGCGGCCAUGGAAAAGCGUUCCUUUCUUAAACCUCACUCCCCCCUCGUUAUUCCUCGGAGUCCAACAAGAGUGCUCAGGUUCAAACUCUAUCUCACACCGACACUUCGAUCCGCGCCCCUCCUCCCCUCGCCACUCCUAGAGCCGAGAGAAAAUUAAAGUUUCCUUCACUGUCUAUCUAUCGUCUGCUGCCAACCUCAAAUCUUCUUCCUCCUUUCAUUCCUUCCUCUCCUUCUCUCCCUCCCUCUCUCUCAUUCUCUCCCUCUUCCCCUCUCUCUCUCUCUGUCAUACCUCUCAAUCUCAGGCCCAGUGAUUUCUACGGGUCAUUCCUAUCUACAUUCGUCGAUCCUUUCGGUAGAGAUUUGCCAGCCGGUCUCGGUUCCGAGGUUAGCAGUCCGUCUUUCAUCAUGUUGAACAUUACAGCGUGCUACGAGGUGAUCACUCGCCUGUCAGUGCUGUUCUCGCUCCUGAAAAUGGUGAUCAACACGCACCUGAUCAAUUUCCAGCGGGAGGCCGAGAUGUCUCACCACUGACUGACGAUGAGGCUCCGGGCGCCACCGCCGCCGCCUCGAGGACGAUGGCGGUGGCGCUCGAGUCUCGUCCGCUUCGGGUAGCCCCAUCACUAGACGAAACGACCGCGACCUGGCGGCGCGACUUGGAGAACGAGGAAGGACGGGCACCGGCCAGAGCAUCCUGUCGACAAACUUGUACAUCUCGUCGAGCUCCGGCCUGCCUCGCCCUUCCUGCUGAUCAUCAUCACCAUCGUCUCCCUGAUCGCCCCCAUCUCGCUUUCUACACUUCAGCGCUUAAAGCUUGGGAUGCUCGAAGGCAGCUGUAUCUACAUACAUACCAACCUAUCUGUCAGUCGGUGCAUCACUGACACCUCCCUCGGAAGGGCGCCAGGAUGUCACAGUAAGUAGCAAAAUCGAUUCCGAGCAUUUCAUGUGAAAUUGUCCGCCCCUCAUGUACGAAUUACUCUGAGGUCCAAUCGAACGAGCGAUGCAGCAGCCGAGAUUUCUCACCGAAUCGUCUGCCGCUUCUUCGUCUCGAACGACGGCCCAGAGUGUCGUCAUCGAGGGCGCCCUCCUCUGGAAUUCCUUCGGUCAUCCCUCGAUCACGAAGGCCAGCUAAACCGAGAGGUUUGCUGCCGACCGCGCAGUCGUGGAGGUAACCGUGGUUCGAAUGUCUGUAUGGACGUGGUUGCGCUAGCGCGAGGCGACCGAGCCCGACCGAAGAGAGUGAACGGGAGGACGAGGACGAGGACAAGGACGAUGAGUGCCACCGUGGGACGACUCCGAAUGGAACUCGGCCGAGAUCGGUCGGUCCCAUGAGGAUCACGGGAGGAGGAAUCGUGGUGAUGGUACGCAGUUCGUUUGUACGUGGUAGGGUGAAGUAUUUAUUUAUACAUACUGUAUAAUUCCUGCGGCUCUGUUUAUAAACCCCGAGAACGAGUGGAGGAGUGAGGAUGGACGACGGCGAUGGUGAUGGAGGUCCGCCGGGAGAGAAGUCGGUACACGAGCUCCGAGGGCUCCGGUAAUAAUACAGUCGAGGACAGAGCCACGUCCCGGCGCAUUGGCUGCGCAGAACCUGGAGGGCUGAACGAGAUUUUCCUCAGUAAUCAGCUGCGAUCGUUCACUUUUUUCAAUCGAGAAGAAUCAGCUGUGUGUACACCAGGUUCAUCAGAGCAGCCCUGCGGCGUUGCGCCGGGCCGAGAGAAGAGCAUGAUUGUAGAACCGGAGUUCAGAGAGAUGUGUCGGCGUUGCUCAGGCCACGAGAUUUGGACUCGGUACCCGAAGUAUGAGCUAAGCUGGCCACGAACAGAAUGACGAGGAGAUUUGGAGCCAUGGAGAGAGCUGAGGCCGAGCUUAGCGACCAUCCAUCGCGAAGUGAUGGAUUCAUCAGCUGGAAGAAUUGAAACACCGAAGGAAGAGCUGAUUUCGGGUACUGGGCGGAGGAGGGCGGAGGCUUGAGCCGAGUCCGGAUGGACACCUUCAUCUUCUGCUGCAUCGUCUGCUGGCGGUCGAGGAGGAGUUGGGGAGUGGAGUACGUGAAGUGUGGUGUGUGACUGCAAGUACUUUCGAGAGUACAUAAGGGGAAAAAAGUUUUGUAGUGAGGUUCAUGUAAGCCUCAUGCUGGGAGGCUGAGUACCGGAGCGUUUGGAGCCUCGAGAGAGUCUACGUUUAGAGAGCUGGAUCACUCGAGACGCGACGACGAAGACGACGAAGGUAUAAGGCCGACCCACCUGAGCGAAAUUUUGGACGUCAGUUGCUGGAGCCAUAAUGAAUGGUUCUCUCUGUCAAAUUUUGGAUAGCGCCGCUUAUGGUCAUUCGAUGACUUCUGGAGAGCGACAAUGAGGCUUUUCGGAGAAAAUUUUGACUGGCUGAGCGAAGUAGAGAGCAACGAGCAAUCUCAGCCAAAGAGUGUACGUACAUCGGCGGUCAUCGAUGCGUUCUGGAGAGCAGAAGGGAUGGGAAUCUUGAAUCAGUUGUGAGAGUUUGGAGGUCGGAUUUAGGUUCUAGAAGAAGCGAAGAAGCGAGUAUCGUACUUGACAUUAAGGAGAUCUCGUGCGAGAUCAUUGGAGAAAAAUUAGACCCAUUAUUCAGGCCGCACGCCAGCGGCAAAUUCAGGGGAAGCGUACGAACGUCAGGAGUGGGAUGAUAUGCCCGAUUUCUAGAACCUUGGAAGGUGAAAGCUUUUAAUUUCCGAACAAGAGCACACGAAAGAGGACAAUGUUCAAAUUAGGUGGACCAAUUUAGGUGGACCAAGUGUGAGAAAGUAGCCGUGCAGGCUUCCGCUCUCAAUCAUCUUCAGGACUGUGAGUAAGAUACAACGAUGGAGAAAGUACAGAGAUUUACGUUUCAUCUUUGCACUUUUAUGUUGCAGGGGUUUUGAACCUCAGAUACGAGAACUAGAUUAGAACGGCAUUCUUAUGUAACCACCACAGCAGAGCCACGCAAUAUAUUGCAUUUGCUAUUGUGACUACACCGUUGUCGGAGUGAAUUCUUUUGUCUUUCCUUGUGUCUGGUGGCCCACGCUUCGCAAGUGAAUUAAGAACGAAGGUACACAUAUGCAUCAGUUUUGAAACAGAUUAUACCUUACGGUUAAGUAUGAAAGAUGGAAGUACCUCCUUCAAUUAUCCUUUCAUCUCAAAGAUAUCAUUUGCUGGGCAGGGC